CCUGAAGAAGGCACCUAGCAAAGACUGGACAGGGAAGGGAGUCCGCCCCGAACAAGGGCUGUGCUGGUUCCCGAGACCUUCUGCCGCUGCACAGGAGGAUGGAGGCUCACAACGGGACGGCCCCGCUCAACUUCACCCUCCCACCCAACUUCGGCAAGCGCCCCACCGACAAGGCCCUGAGUGUCAUUCUCGUGUUCUUGCUGCUCAUUAUCAUGCUCUCGCUGGGCUGCACCAUGGAAUUCAGCAAGAUCAAGGCUCACUUCUGGAAGCCCAAGGGACUGGCCAUCGCCCUGAUGGCCCAGUACGGUAUCAUGCCUCUCACUGCCUUUACUCUGGGCAAGGUCUUCCAGCUAAACAACAUCGAGGCCCUGGCCAUCCUUGUCUGCGGCUGCUCCCCUGGCGGGACCCUGUCCAACAUCUUCAGUCUGGCCAUGAAGGGGGACAUGAACCUCAGCAUCGUGAUGACCACCUGCUCCACCUUCUUUGCUCUGGGAAUGAUGCCCCUCCUCCUGUUUGUCUACUCCAGGGGGAUCUAUGAUGGGGAUCUGAAGGACAAGGUACCCUACAAAGGCAUCGUGAUAUCACUAAUCUUGGUUCUCAUUCCUUGCACCAUUGGGAUCUUCCUCAAUGCCAAACGGCCACAAUAUGUACGUUAUGUCACCAAGGGAGGGAUGAUCAUCAUGCUCUUGUUAAGUGUGGCCGUCAUAGCACUCUCUGUCAUCAACGUGGGCAAGAGUAUCAUGUUUGUCAUGACACCACACUUGCUGGCCACCUCCUCCCUGAUGCCUUUCGUCGGCUUCCUGCUGGGCUACGUCCUCUCUACCCUCUUGCGCCUCAAUGGACGGUGCAGCCGCACUGUCAGUAUGGAAACUGGAUGUCAAAAUGUUCAACUUUGUUCCACCAUUCUCAAUGUGACUUUUCGCCCUGAAGAUAUUGGACCACUUUUCUUCUUCCCUCUCCUCUACAUGAUUUUCCAGCUUGGAGAAGGGUUUCUUCUUAUCCUCCUCUUUCGGUGCUAUGAGAAAAUGAAGUCUUCCAAGGAUAAAACAAAAAUGACCUACACAGCUGCUGCAACUGAAGAAGCCAUUCCAGCAACUCUAGGAAAUGGCACCCACAAAGGGGAGGAGUGCUCCCCUUGCACAGCCCAGCCUUCCCCGAGUGGCCUGGAUUCUGGUCAGAAGGCAAUUUAG